AUGGAAUACUUUGGUACAGUUGAUCCGGCUUACUUUGACGAGAAGCUUGUCGGGGAGAAUGGGUACGCCGACUGGCCCAGUUUUCGGAUUCUUGGGGAUAAGGAACUUGCACCUCAUUGGGUGUUGAAUUCGCCUGUGUACCUGAAGUGGUUACAGGGAUGGGCGGAACAGCAGGGCGUCAAAUUCAUCCGGGCGCAGGUUGCAUCGAUAGAGAAUUCCAUCUCGAUCUACCGUGAAGCUAGACUUCGAGAGGGUGGGGAUGGCCAUGUUGACACUGUCGUCAACGCAAGUGGUUGGGGUUUCGAGGAUCCCGACUCCUUUCCACCAAGGGGAUAG